AUGAAGCACCAGGAGUUGGCACUACUCCGUCGCCGACAGGACCAGGAGUACCACCGCCAGGACCAACCACACAGGCACCAGGAGUUGGCACCACUCCGUCGCCGACAGGACCAGGAGUACCACCGCCAGGACCAACCACACAGGAACCAGGAGUUGGCACCACUCCGUCGCCGACAGGACCAGGAGUACCACCGCCAGGACCAACCACACAGGCACCAGGAGUUGGCACCACUCCGUCGCCGACAGGACCAGGAGUACCACCGCCAGGACCAACCACACAGGCACCAGGAGUUGGCACUACUCCUUCGCCGACAGGACCAGGAGUACCACCACCAGGACCAACAACACAGGCACCAGGAGUUGGCACCACUCCGUCGCCGACAGGACCAGGAGUACCGACCCCAGGACCAGCCACACAGCCACCAGGAGUACCGACGCCAGGACCAGCCACACAGCCACCAGGUGUACCAACGCCAGGACCAGCCACACAGCCACCAGGUGUACCAACGCCAGAACCAGCCACACAGCCACCAGGUGUACCAACGCCAGGACCAGCCACACAACCACCAGGUGUGCCAACGCCAGGACCAGCCACACAGCCACCAGGUGUACCAACGCCAGGACCAGCCACACAGCCACCUGGUGUACCAACGCCAGGACCAACCACACAGGCACCAGGAGUUGGCACUACUCCGUCGCCGACAGGACCAGGAGUACCACCGCCAGGACCAACCACACAGGCACCAGGAGUUGGCACCACUCCGUCGCCGACAGGACCAGGAGUACCACCGCCAGGACCAACAACACAGGCACCAGGGUUUGGCACUACUCCGUCGCCGACAGGACCAGGAGUACCACCGCCAGGACCAACCACACAGGCACCAGGAGUUGGCACCACUCCGUCGCCGACAGGACCAGGAGUACCACCGCCAGGACCAACCACACAGGCACCAGGAGUUGGCACUACUCCGUCGCCGACAGGACCAGGAGUACCACCACCAGGACCAACAACACAGGCACCAGGAGUUGGCACUACUCCGUCGCCGACAGGACCAGGAGUACCACCGCCAGGACCAACCACACAGGCACCAGGAGUUGGCACUACUCCGUCGCCGACAGGACCAGGAGUACCACCGCCAGGACCAACCACACAGGCACCAGGAGUUGGAACAAGAGCAGUAG